UAACUCACGCGACCGAACCGAACCGACACGACACCAUUGCCACUCUCACCUUAUCUCGCUCCCACCUAAGCUCACCUCCACCACCAAACACCAAACACCAAUACCCCACAACCAUGGCAGCAAAAAUAACCGACCUUACGACGCCCGCGCAGCUCAGCACGCUGCUCAGCAAAAACAGCGUAGUAGUCCUCGACUUCCACGCAACCUGGUGCGGCCCCUGCAAGACUAUCGCGCCCGUCUUCUCCGCGCUCGCCUCGAAGCACGCGUCUCCCGGCAAGGUAGCCUUCGCCAAGGUCGACGUGGACGCCGCGCAGGCCAUCGCGCAGCAGUACACCGUUACGGCGAUGCCGACGUUCCUAGUCUUCACCAACGGGCGGGAGACGGCGCGCAUCCGCGGCGCCGACGCGGGAGGGCUGACGUCGGCCGUUACCGCCGCCGCCAAGAGCGCGAAGCCGGCGGUUGGCCAGGGCGUCAAGUUGGGCGGCGCGCCGAGCACGCCGAAGCCAGUGUUUGUGAGGAAUGGCACCCUGGCGGCUACCGCACCGUUGGGGAAUAGGAUCGGUGGGCUGGUGGAUACGAUCAUCCGCUUCGUGGUACUGUACGUCGUUAGUCUGUUUAGUAUCGAUGGGAUUAAGGCGGCCGAGGAGAGCAGGUUCUCGGUUCGGGGAGGAGGCGGCAGUGGUGGUGGUGGUGGUGGAGGCGGUGGCCCGGGUGGCAGGAAGUUGGGGAGUAUGGACACUGUCAAGAGGACUAAUGCUUCGUGCUCGGGUGGGAGUUGUGGUUAGGUCGUAGUUGAGGAGUUUGCGCGGGCUGAAUGAUAGGCAGUCUACUUUACAAUACACAUGCUAUUCUUGUUGUAAUCAUCAUAGCAUUUGGCCUUGGGUAGGUCGUGACUGUUACAAAUCCGUUUACUCCGCACUGCCUUCCCCGUGUGGAUGCCCUUGGAGACGUGCCUAUCGUUGCUGCUGUUGAAUUUACUGGUGAUAUCGUCGAUACGGCCAACGUUGGUGAAUCGCUCGUCUGCAACCUUUGUGACAUGUCCGCCAGGUCGCAAUUGACAGUAGAGUAGGUGACGGAUAACUAAGAAUCCGGCCAUGUGAUUAGUAGUACCGGAAUCAAGAAUCCAGUGAUUUAUAGUAGUUUUAAUCCUAACGACAAUAACAUACCGUAUUAUCUCAG